CCCCGCAGUACCAAUUAUAUCCCUGUUGAUACAGAACCAAUUGGCCCGACCCAGGUUCCAACCUGGUCUCCAUAGGUGGGGUUGAGUGACAGCUGCCUUUGCUCUGACGUGUCCUCGGCAGUGGGUGAGGCAGACGAAGCUUCUUAAUACUGGUCAUUCCCCGAAACAAUGGGUCUCUGGCUCUAGACCAUCCCAUAAUGUCCGGGUUAUAUAGUGCACUCGAUCCGGACAGAAGAGAAAUCCGCCUGUUGGAAAUCUGUCCCAACGAGGAUGAAGAAAACCCUAUACAGGGUAUCCUCCGGGUUGUGUCUCUCGAUGACUCUCCGAAUUUCGAGGCACUCUCAUAUGCUUGGGGAGAUAUCACCGAGCUGACGAAUCUUACAAUUAACGACUGUCCCUUCGGCAUAUCCAAAAGUCUCGCAGUGUUCUUACUGCGACUUCGUCAGCCGACUGAGACUCGUGUAGUUUGGGUUGAUUUUGUCUGUAUCAACCAGCUGGACGUACUGGAAAAGAACACCCAAGUGCCUUUGAUGAGCGACAUAUACAAGAAUGCAAGCCGGGUGAUUGCAUGGCUGGGAGAACUGUCAAAUCCAAAUAUUGAAGAUACAGUUGCUUAUAACGAUGCAAUGGAGGGACGGCAUACUUUGAGAAGUGAAUACUGGCUUGACCUCGGUGAUAAAAUCACCCUGACUGAACGAGAGAGACAGGCCCUAUACGACGCCUUGGUCAGAGUCCUUGAUGGUUGUCAUGACCUGCUAGUCAGGCCCUAUUGGAAGCGAUUAUGGACAUUCCAGGAAUGGCACCUUCCGAAAAAUGAGCCGUUGUGUCUGUGCGGGAAGCUGUCUUUUAAGUUGGGAAAUCUUGGGGUGUAUUUAUCCCACUCCUCCAAGCCUUUUAGUCCAAUGUAUCAGUGGUUUGCGAUUAUGGACAUAGCCUGGAGGCUCAGCGAAAAAAGAAAAAGUGAAAGAGAGGAUGACGGAUCAGAGAUGAAUCUGCAGCCACGACUCCAAUCUCACGAUGUAUGGCUCAAACGUCUCGAAGAAGUUACGCUCAUCGUGCCUAUGGAUUUAAUCGCGCCGCAUUUCUUCAGAAAACAUGAUCACUGUGAUAAUACUUUGACUGGACUAGUCCUUGCGACAAUUUCCCGCCAAUGCAGCCACCCACACGACAGGGUGUACGCUUUAUAUGGAAUGGCUCCCAAGGCACAGCAGAUGUUCCCUCCAGACUAUAAGAAAUCAAUGGAUCAAGUCAUGCGUGAGGCGACAGCUUUCAUGAUGAAUUAUGAGAGUGCCGAAGCGUUCCAAUUUUUCGAUCUUUGUUGCUCGAAGUCUCUUCCAUCCUGGACGCUAAGCAUCGACAAAAUGGACCUGUUACGUGUUCGACAUGUACUCAAUAACCUCUGCGUCAACAGUAAGCCCAAGAAGACGCUUUACUCAGGGCCAAUCAUCUACGCCCCCCGUGUAUCAAAUGAUCUAUCAACCCUACACAUCGGGGCCCGACCACUUGGCCGGAUCACUUCUAGUUCUCGACUUCCCUCUGAACCGGCUGACCUUUUAUCUUCAUUGGAUGCUUCAGAUACAGAUUCGCAUUCAAAAGAUGGGGAAGGUGUCGCCAGACAUCCACUACUGAGCGCCGUAUAUAACUAUACUAAAUGGACGUCGCCGCUUAGCAUGAGUGACUUCGUUGAGCUCAUAAAGUCAUCAAAAACUAAGACCCGAGAUUCAUUUCUGGCAGAGGUUCAAGAAAUGAUAUACAAGAAAGCUUUACUCUAUGAUGGCAAAGCUGGAGCAUCUGUCUUUUGGAUCGACUGCGGUGCUGCGUUUGAAACUGUCGGGAUAGCUGAAUGUGAUGCUCAGAAUGGCGAUCAACUGAUACUUCCCUGUGGGAUUGGCCAGGUGUUUAUCAUCCGAGAAUGCCCCGAUACACAUGACGAUGUGGCGAUGCACUACAAGAUUGUGGGAAGGGCAUAUGUGGAAGGAAUUGGAGAAGAGCUGGAAUUCCAGAUAACCACUUUGAUAGAAAGGUUGGAGGAAAUGCCUUUUGAGGAAUACUUUAUCUGCUAGGGUACUUUCUGGUCCUGGACAUCUAUGAAAAUUGUGUCAAUGCAUCUCCAGUAUCGUUUUGUUCCAAUAAAUACCGGCUUAGAUUGGAUUGACAGUCGAGUUCCCGCCCUUUCUACUCGUGUCCA